AUGAAGAGUUCUUAUUUGUGCUGGUUUCAGGUGUGGAGGGAACUGUUCUCACCUCUCCAUGCUCUGAACUUUGGCAUUGGUGGAGACACAACCUGUAAUGUGCUGUGGAGACUACAGAAUGGAGAACUGGAGAACAUCAGACCCAGGGUGGUGGUUUUAUGGGUAGGAACCAAUAAUCAUGAGCACACUGCGGACCAAGUUGCAGGAGGAAUACUUGCCAUUGCACAGUUAGUUAUGACUCACCUCCCCAAGUCCAAAAUUAUUGUUUUGGGCCUGUUGCCAAGGGGAGAGUUUCCUAACCCCCUGAGAGAGAAAAAUGCAGCAGUGAAUAAUCUACUUCGCGCAUCUUUACCUCGACUCGGCCCUGUUCAGUUUAUUGAUAUGGGAGGUAGUUUUGUCCACUCAGAUGGGACUAUUUCAUCUCGAGACAUGUUCGACUUCCUGCAUCUGACUGCCAGUGCAUACAGGACCAUAUCAACGACUCUUCAUGAGAUGCUGCUUCAAAUGUGGGAGGAAACGCCUCAGGAGAGGCGGGCCUCACUGGUCUAGGAAGGGGGCACUGCAUUGGUCAAUCACUGGAGAGGCAAGGUUAAGAAUUGUUUGCUAUUCAGAAUGUACCUAAAAUACUUUAUUUAGCAAGACAAAGAAAAAUACAAAAAGAACAGCAAAACAAAAGGGGAUGUAGGACAGUGGCCAAUUUUAUAUGAUCAGUUGAAAAUGUGUGUAUGUAUCUAAGAUGCAUAAUAGACAACAGUAUAAGAAAGAAGACUAGAUAAGAAAUAUCUGUGACAAGAGAUAGUUUUUCUUAGGACAUGUUGCUUUGCGGUGGGACCAGAAUUUCUUCAAAAUCCCAUUGUCACAGUCUGAACAACCUUUAAUAGUAGCACUUACUCUGCCAUCUUCUCCGUGCCUUCAUACAUGCACUCGGUCACACAGUGUUGUUAUGAUGACUGCAGCAUGAUUCAGUUCACACAAGAGAAAUCAUGCCUUUGAAAUAUGUAUGUCUUGCUCCCAUAUUAAGAUCUUUGGCACAGAGGCGUCUGAAACCUCCUUUUUCUCUUUUGCCCUUUCAUAUUCCCAAGAACACACCUAUGAUAUAUUAGAGGAAGACUGGAGUGAAAACCAUCAAACAAUGUCAUACCUUGUGUUUGUGAGUUUGGGUGUGAGAAAGCUCCUCCUCUUAAGCAUCUAAUGCACAAUCGUGAGGUUUUCAGUGUUAAUAUGUAUCUCACUUGCAUCCAUGUUUUUGUGUAUGUGUCCAUGCGCUCUAUAAAGUAUUAUGUGAAGAGUUAAAUGUGAGUAUGGGAGAGCCACUGGGCAAGAAAUUAUAUAUAAAGUUAAGUGAGUGAGUGAGUGAGUGUGGGUGUGUGUGUGUGUGUGUGUGUAUGUAUUUAUGUAUAUAUAUAAAUAGAAUCUGUUAGUAUUAAUGUACUCUGUGCAGAGCGCUUACUGGUGCUGGUGUAUGUGAAUGUUUUUGUGUUGGAGUGUAAGAGAUCAACCAUCUAUAACUAUUUGUAUGGCCCGCAAAGCGUGCACUGUUACUGCGGCACAACUGCCACAUGCUUCAGAUCCAAGCAUUCCAAUAAAUCGGC